UCGUGUUAGCUAGCUAUAUCGCCCGAUAGUAAAUAACCCAAUUCGAAUUGCUAGCUAGGUAUAUCGGGUAGUAUAUUGAGUUAGCUAGCUAGAUCGCCCGAUAGUCGAUAUUUUUUUUCUCCUUGGGGUUAACCGCCUAUUUCUCGAUCGGGACAUAAAUUCGACUAAUUUGAUAAAAAUUUAUAUUCGAAAAAAUAGUUGCUGGGUGCUUGAUACACUUUUAAUCAAACACAACAAAAUCCGAUGUAGUUUUUCGAGCUCUUUCUAAUGGUGACGCCAAUUUUUCCCUAUAACGUCGUCAUUUUUCCCUUAAUCGUUUUUACCACGAAAUUUUGUGUUUUAUAUCCCGAUCGGAAUAUUAAUUUUUUUCUAUAUCCUGAUCGGAAUAGCAGAUAUGCAGGUAUAUAUAUCCCAAUCGGGAUAGUUUUUCGAGCUCCUUCUAAUGGUGAGGUCAAUUUUUUCCCAUAACGUCGUCAUUUUUCCCUUAAUCGUUUUUACGACGAAAUUUUGUGUUUUAUAUCCCGAUCAGGAUAUAGGAGGUGUCCCCCUACUGACAGAACAAAACACAUAAACAUAGAAACAAUUUCCCUUAUUGUCUCACAACAACUUUAUAAAUUUCGACAGUUGUCGAAAUUCCAAAAAAGUUACUGCAACGAACAGAAAUUCCAAAUGAAUUUCUGCUUUUGUCAAAAUCUGCCGAAAUUCCAAAAGCAGCUCGGGAAGUAAAUCGUGUCUAUGGUCGCUGGUUUCGUGCGACUUUAUCUCGAAUAUACGGCGAUUCUGUGAUACAAGAUUUAAAAUUAUCGUAGCGGUGUACUAUAUAUGUCGUUUUUAGAGAUUAUUUUGUAAAAUGUUUGUUGCAAAAGUUGAACAGUACGUAAGUCGGAGUUGAAAGUAGUUUGAUUCAACUGUUAAAAGGUUAGAGUUCUAAGUUCUUGUUCACCCUAUUUUUUUUUCUUAAACUAUGUUUGCUAAGAAAUAUUCAUCAAGUUUUUAUUAUUAUUAUUUUUCUAUGGAGUACCACUUUCCUCCAAAGGUAUACGAUUUAUGACGAUAAAACUGUUGUAUAUGAGUGCAACUGAUACUGUAUUAUAUCAUCUCCACUGAGCACUAGCUGAAACAUUGACGCAGAUAACUGAAAGAAACGUUUAUGAAAGAAACGCUCAACGAUUCGAACAUGCUUAAUGGUUUGAGAGCUAUUUGUUAGUUCGAAAGCAAAGAGUUCGGAUAGACUAUCAUUUUUCGAGAUCAGUAGAAGUUCCACGCAGUAUUUCAUAGACUUCAUUUUGGUACUGUUACUGUUCUUAAGAUUCUUCAGAUGUCUUUUCUCCAUUUUUCGAACUUUUGUGCGGAACAAUAUUUUUCAAAACAACAAAAAGACAUCUGAGAUUUAGUAUUAGGUACUUAUGAUAAAAAUUUUGGCUCGAUCCCAGGAUUUUCAAGCGUAGGGACGUGAUGGUCGCAUGUUAAUGAUGUUAAAAAGGAAGGAUUCUUGAAAACCCAGGAACCAUCGAUAACUCACAAGGACUGGCCUCAAAAGACGAGUCAAAGUUACUUUCAUAGGGGAUGAAAGAAAAGUGAGGGUGAGGGUGAGGGUUUUUACGAUUUACUAACUACCAGGAAAGCCUGCAGGGAAGGUGUACUCUCAAUGAAAAAUUCUCAUGCCACGAUCUCUGCAUUUGUUCCAUUCUUUGUUAAAUCGGCAGUAGACAGUAAAUUGAACCAAAUAUAAACGAAUUAUAAAAAUGCAUUAUUGUGGGAACGGACAUUCGCAACAGAGCUGAUCACCUGCAUAAUUUUUCCGCGUUGCAGUUUGCAGGUUACCAAAAAAAUCUUUUCUUCUGCACAAGCAGAGGCUGAGGGUGAAAAAUUCUGCACUGCCCUGCCCUGCAGGUUGGCUGCAGGUGGACCCUAAGGCGAGGUAUAACAAUUUUUUUUCCCAGUGACCACUAUCAGUCUGUAUUACACACUGAUAAUUAUAGACUGUAUCACCAGUUACGAUUCACUAUCCUUGUUCUAUAUUUUUCUCUUUCUGUUAUCGUUGUAGUCGUUUGUCAUCUUCUAUAUACUAUAGGUAGUGAGCAUAGUAGAAGAAACAUUGCAUACAAUAAGAACGAAAUUCAUUGUUUUUGUUUAUUCUAUAUUUUUCGUUUAGUUUAGUUUAGUUAACCCUACACGGAUGCGGUCUAGGCCAUUAUAUCACAGGAAAUGACAUAUCAAAUGAUAUAAGUGAUUACGGAUAAAACGUUUCUCUCCUUCAUCUUAAAAUGUCUAGUAGACAUACAAAAAAAAAUGUUAGUUAGUUUCUUUUCAUUAAGAGAUCAUUCUGACCUUCAGUGUGAUCAAUAUAUUUCUCUUGGUCUCCUCUCUCUUUUUCUUCUCCACACAAAAACGUCUUUCCCUGCAGUGAAUGCAGGUAAAAUCUUCUCUCCUGCAGGGAGUGCAGGCAGAAAAACAUUCUUCUUUAUCUGCCGGCCGUUAGUGGAAAAAUUUUUCAUUCACCUGCAAACUGCAACCUGCCUGCACUGCCUGCAGGUUGCGGGCAGUUUACAAUGCAGGUGAUCAGCUCUGAUUCGCAAUGUCUGUCUCAUAAACAAAAAUUUUUUCAUUUAUGGCUAGGAUAGAAAAGCAACAGAACGAAAGAAAUGGCAAACUAAGAUAUCACAUAGCAAAAAAUUUGAGCUCUACCUUUUUAGCAACUGUGCUAGUAAGCAAAGGAAAAGAUCAUUACUAGUCGAUCCAUUGACUACUUUACCAGAUUAGCUCUAUAUUGUUUUUCCUUUAGCCCAACGUCAACAAACAAAUGGCCGAUUAUCUAUUCCAGAUGAAAAUACAAUGACAAAAUUGAUUGUUGAUCGUUUAAAUACGCCAAUUGCACAACGUCUUUUCACUGUAUUUAGUAAAUCAGUUGUUAAACGAUGUUUCGAAGAUCAAUUAAGAUUAAAACUGGAAGAUUUUGUGACCAAUAAUGAUUUAUUUAUUGCGUGUGUUAUUCUUCAAAAGCAAAUUGACGUUAUCAAUGGUAACAGCGAAAAUGUUGUUAUUCCAAAACAAAAAUUAAAUGACAUAAAUCAAAAACAAAUGGUAGUUGUAAAAAAAGAUAGAGAAUCAUAUGUGCCAGAAACAAAAACGGAAUCGAUUGAAGGUACUGAUGCUUGUAGUAUAAGGAUGGAACCAUUUUGCAUAGAUUAA